AUGGAGACAGGAGUUAAGAAUGGGUUGCAGAAUACUGCAUUGAAUGAAUUGGAUGCCCAAGGAGGUAAUUUGCCGAAUACAAUUUUAAAAGCUCGAAUAGCUUUACUGGCAACAGCUAUAGGAGGAGUAGACCAUACAUCUGAACAGCAACCAGCUCCCUAUAAGUUAGGCGAUGAUUGUUUGGCUUGCUUAAAAGACUUGAAACGAUGGUUUACACUUGUAGAUGACCGUCAGAAAAGGUGGGAUGUUGCAAGUGCAGCUGCAGAAUUCAAGAUUCUGGUUGAUGACUUGGUCCCGAUUAUGCUCGAAUGGGAAUAUAAAUCGGUAAAUGCAAUUAAGAAAUGUCGGAAGACUGGUGAGGAUAUUAGCGCAUACUUUAAAAACAAGGGUUAUUACGAUAAGGUGGUAUUAAACGCGCUGCAGUUAAUUGUUUGGAUGACCUGGCCGAUUAUUCUAAACGAUGAUUCGUCUGAAAACCAGAUUCAGCACUACGCGACUUUGAAAAAGCAUUUGCUCACCUAUAAAAAAGCUAUUUUGCAUACCGAUGGGGGAAAGGUGAUAAAAGCUGCUAUUCGUAUAGCCACCGAUGUCAUUAAGAUUGAUAAAGUGAAUAGGACCGCACUGGAUAACUCUAUUCUUCGGUUGGUACUGGAUUUUAUUAGAAAUGUACUAGCCAUAGAACCAGCAGAGAUAACUAUAAGUAUGAAGCAGAAAAGUAGUAGCAGAGGCAUUGGCACUACGGAGAUGCUCCCGCCCAAUACCACUUUGGAUGAUAUUUCAUUGGAUGCUGUAAUAUUGGCUUUUCGACAAAACAAGGUUUUUGAUUUCUUGCUUGCAUUGGGUAGUUCCAUGAACCGUGAAUUUGAUGCAUCAUAUAUAAAGCUCCCAUUAUUGGAAAUAUCUUUUUAUUUGACUAAAAAUGUAAGCCACAAGCGAUUAUUUGGUCAAUUAAAGAAAAACACACCAGCUACUAAUAGCGACAGGAGUAGCAAUCUGAAGGGUACCGUGACUCGCGUGGGAGAAGAGCUCACUGAUCUGCUCACUAGAGAGCAUAAUCACAAGCGCUCUCAAAUAAGGACAUCAUCUACAAGACAUUCGAGAUUCGGUGGAUUUUUUUCCAUUCAGACUUCCGAGAAUGUACGUUUAACGGUGCCCAAUGCUAGCAAUGUCCUGGAUAAUGACGCUGCGUUGACGAAGUUGGAUAAGCGUAAGAAAUGGAGUAAAGCAGUUCGUGACCACAAAGAUUUGAUUCAGGGAAUACCUACUAGUUUUUUGAACAGUGAUGAUAACUCUUCUGCGUUCUUAACGAGCGAAAACGUUAAGUAUUUACGCAAAUAUCUGGAUAAUUUUAUGGAAUCCUCUUUUAACACCUUGUGGAAUUCCAUAACUGAUCUAUUCACUAUGGAUGAUGAUCAAGUAAUAGUCCAUAAAAUUCAGCUUUUAUUAGUCUUCGCAUGGUACGUGAAAUACAACAGAUACAAGACUGCGAAUAAACAUGGCAAGACAGACGCAACAGAUAUAUCCGAAACACUAAGAGAUACUACUCAUAUUCUUUUAAUGAAAUUUUUACGAGAAGCAUAUGAACAGAAAAAUUGGGCUAUAACGCAUGCAGGCAUCCUAGCUGUGACUGAACUUUUCACUCUACUUUGGUCAUUGAAUGAAGAAUGGGCGGAAGAUGUCGAAGUCACAUUAAGCAGACUACUAAGUGAGGAGAGGAUUAAACUACUCUCAGACCUGCCAAAAUCCGCUUCAAAUCAUUCUCCACAAUAUAUUUGGGCAUGCAUUCAUCUAAAUUCUGUCAUAUUUAAGAUUUUAGAUAUGUACGAGAAGAACAAAAAGGAUCUUACCGUUAGGGACAUUCGAAAGCGCAGAUCUAGGAAGUUUACGGAUAAUAUUAAAAUAUCUAAACAUCCUGAUGAUGUUAAGAAUCAUCUAAUUGAAGAAAAAGAAGAUUUAUCGUCCCAGGAGAGUGAUACGGAUGCUCAUAGCAAUCUGAUGAUUGCAAAAAUAAACUUCAAUAAGGUACGGAGCUCAUACGUUCAACACGCAACGAUUGACACCUAUAUUAAUUUUCUACAACGUUAUGAAGAGCUGGAUGAUGAAGAUAUUAAAAUUGCCAUACAAUUUUUAUAUUUCAUUCUGGUACAAGCCAAGGAGGACACAUUUUUGUUUAGAAUAGAUUUAAUGAUUUUAUUAAAAGACAUGCUGGGCCUUGAUGGUCUAAACAGGAAUUCCAGAAACCGUGCAGAUCUGGAGCAGUUUACAAAUUAUCUGAUGAAGCAAUUAAAAGAGAAAUUGAAGAAGUCCCCAUCGUGGUUUGUCAAUUUACUGUUCCCUAACAUACGUGACCGGGAAUUGGGUUAUUAUAUGAGAUAUGGUGAACAAAUGCCUACAACUCAAAGCGUUCAUCAAGUGGUGAUCCCAACAAGAUUUAAAAAUAUUGAAGGACAAGAGCAAAUGACUGAAAAGGAAUUGAGAAUAGCUAAAUUUGGAAUAUUAGUCUCAACUCUUAUAGACGAAGGAAAAGAAGAUUAUGUUAAAGAACUAAGUUCAAAUUUGGAAGCUGCUAUAGAGGUAUACAGAGAAUAUUCCACUCGGAAAGCAAAUGAAUUGGAAGGUAAUAAUUAUCCAAGAUUCGAUUUUUCAACUAGUGUUUAUGAAAUGAAGCGUUCCCUACUCUUUGAUAGUGAUUUGCGCGCCCUUUUCCUACUAGUAGGUUACCACAUUCCAAAUGCCGAACAUGAUAAAUGCUAUAUUGAAGGUGACCUUUACCUUGAAGAUUUACAGAAUAAUCUAGACUUGUUAAACAAGUACAAGUCAGUCCCAUUUGUAACUCCAAAUGGAUUGGCAUCCUCGUCGUACUUAUUUCGCCCAAUUAACUACGGUAAUGUCACUGUUAAAACAACUAAUAAUGAUGAUUUUGUUGAGCAAGAUAUGCAUGAUUUUAUAGAUGAUGAAGAUAGAGGCAAUUCUGAUGAUUAUUUCCGGGAUCUGGAUAGAAUGGAUGAAAGACUGGUCGGAAGAGACAUUAUUAAGGGUACUGCAAAAGCGAAGACUGUAAAGAAGCUUAAAGCUAAAGGUAACAAGAAAAAACAUAAGUUACCUCUAUUUGAUACUGGUGAAGAGGGACACAUUGCUAAUGAGAAUGAGAAGAAAAGAAAACAAGUAGUCAGCAGUCAAUUUAUUACCGAUUUUGAUAGCGAUAUUGAGUCGUUCGAGAAUUCAACAUUUUAUGAAAACGAGAUGUACUUGCGGUACUUAUUAGAUAAAUACAACGGUCAACUACCUACCGAGCUUUUCUCUGAAUUUGCAAGAUUUGCAAGCGAAAGGACCAAUAAUAAUGGUAAAGUAAAAGGUGACUACAGUGUUUUAUUUGGCGGUCAAGUACCCACCCUUUCAGAAUUAGAAUCACUGGAUUCUGCGGUAUGUGGCCAAAGUUUGAAAGGUUUGGUUGAUCACCAGCUGCAAGAAGCAAGCGCUAAUUUUUCGCCAAAUCAUGACGAUGCAAACCAUAGACCUUUUAAAAUCAGUAAAAAUGAUAUGAAUAUUAGUGAUAACGAAGAACUGCUGCUUAGCGCUUCUGAAUACGACACGGAUUCAAGCUCUGAGGGUACAACAUAUACUGCAAUGAGUAGUUCUCGUCAAAGUGAAUCUUUAGAAUCAAAAACCAAGCAUCGUGAACGCAGUUUGAGCCCCCAAUCGGAAAGCGAUGAAGAAUAUAGUGUUACGAAAAGGCGUAGAGUAAGAGUUGCGCUUUCAGAUGAAGAAGAAACGUAA